AUGGACAAGGAACACCAGGACUCUACCCAGGACUUCCUGGGGGUCCUCAGCCAACUGCACCUACUGGACCCUAUCCUACAGGACCGAAUGCCCCAGCAGGAUCCACUGGUCCUUACCCUGGAGCUCCUGCUGGUCAGCCCCCUGCAGGACCCAAUGCCCCAUACCCAUCUGGACCUGCUGGAUCAUACCCUGGAGCUGGGCAACACCCAUCAGCACCAAAUGCUCCCACAGGUCCAUAUCCAGGUGCUCCUGCUGGUCAAAACCCAGCUGCACCAAAUGCCCCAUAUGCUUCAGCCCCCACAGGUCCCUAUCCAGGAGCACCAGCAGGACCACACCAGGGAGCACAUUCAGGCCCUUAUCCAGCAGCCCCAACUGGUCCCUAUCCUUCAGCACCCUAUCCUUCAGGCCCUUCAGUGCCACAUAGAAUGCCAUCAUCCUAUCCUAACCCUUCUAGUGGUCCUGGCCCAUCUUAUCCAAAUCCUACUGGCCCCCACCCUGGUGGUCCAAACCCUGCACCAGGUAUGCCUUACCCAACCCCAUAUGGUCAGUCAGGACCUUCACCUGCAGCACCAUGGGGCUCUGGAUCUUGGGGAUCGCAGGGCGGCCAGUAUCCCACAAACCCAAAUCUGCCAUAUCCAGCUACUGGUCCGUACUCCGCUCCUAGCCAAGCUCCUGGUGCUAUGCCAUCUGUACCCUGGGGAACUGUACCUCCAGGCCAGUGGGGACCUGCACCAUCUGCUCCUUUUCCCGGAGCUCCUGGAUCAUAUCCACCAAGACCAUAUCCCUGAAGUUGCCGACGUCCGAUGCCUUCUGGUUGAGCUCAUGUGCAAAGUGGCCAACUUGUACUCCUUAUUUAAUCAAGAAAUACUUUUGGAAGCGUUGAAGUAUCCAUGUAAAGAAUAGAGGCUUCUAAGAUCCACGGCUCAAUAUGCUCACAUCACCAAAGAAAA